AUGGUUAACAAGCUAUCAGACCGGCGGCUACCUCAGCUUCUCAACCACUUUUACGCCCAACCCAUUUGCAGCCCGAGUAGGGGUGCGCUCCUGACGGCCGUACAUCCCAUACAUCUGGGCCUUCAGACCGGUAUAAUUAGAAGUGAAUCGCCCACUGGUUUACCACUGGAUCGCAAAAUAUGGCCCCAAUAUCUAAAGGAGCGCUACAAUUACGCCACACAUAUUGUCGGAAAAUGGCACCAGGGGUUUGCGCGCCGGGAGUUUACACCGACCUACCGGGGCUUUGAUUCACACGUGGGAUACUGGACUAUGGGUCAGGAAUAUUACGAACACCACAAGUGCACAACAUUGACGGGCGAAGAAUGUUAUUAUGACUUUCGCCAUAACAUGGAUAUCAUAACAAAUGCUUCAGACGUAUACUCGACCGAGUAUUUUACCAAUCGGUGUCUUCAUAUAAUAGACCAGCACAACAUCUCCCGACCACUAUUCCUAUACGUGGCCCAUCAGGCAGUGACCGGCAAUAGGGGUCCAAUCCGUCAUCACAUCUCUCUGUUUUCACACAUCCGGUCAGAGAGAAGGCAAAAGUUAGCGGCCAAUGCUUACGGUAUGGAUGAGUCUAUCGGCGCUGUUAUGGAGGCCCUCCAUAGCAAGCAUAUGCUCGACAACAGUAUUGUUAUAUUCAUUAGCGAUAACGGCGGACAACCA